UUCUAGUCGGUUACGAGAAGUGUUACAAGAGCAAUUUUAUCCCAUACUACAACGUAUAAUCAAAAUUAAAAGUUGUUUAUGUUCAAAUUGAAAGAAUUGUAAUAAUAUUGGGGAGAUAAUGUAUUGUCGAGUUCAUUAUUUUUCAUGGUUUAGUUAGUAUAACUUAUUGGUAGUCUAUGAUAAAUGUCCGACUUCAAUUUUCUUUACUUUUGGAUUAAUUGUUCUUGUAUUGGUAAUAUUCAUAUGCAUACUUAUCUCAUAUUCAUUUUUAAUACCUAUAAUUAGGUCCUUCAUAUUACACAAUUAUUCACGAUUUACGUGAUUUCACCAAUUUCUUCUCAACUCCACCAUACCAAUUAAAUUACUAAAAACAAGAAUUCCUCCAUGGAUUUAUCAAAAUUAUUUCAGAUAAAAGAAAAUUUUCUUAAAGAUAAAUGGAAAAAAUGAAAAAUUAUACGAGAAACAAAAGAGGAGAAACAAAACAAAAUAAAAAGGAAUGAGAUCGUGUCAAGAGAGUUUCAGCCUCAAUUUCUAUCGCUCUUAUCUUCACUGUUCUUGUCCUGAACUGCAAUUUCCCUCUUUUUCUUACAACCAUCCACCAGCAACAGGCUUGUAGCUACUUAAGCCCACCGUCCACUCCUUGCUCGCCUUCCAAGAACUCCAACUUUCAAGCCGUUCCCGUGUUUUCUUUCUCCGCUGCUGCAGAACUGCAGUGCUACCUCCCUCGAUCUCUCCAAUGGGCGAUCGGCCAACUGGUAAACUAGAAGUUCCUUUUCUUACUUCCUUUUCAUUUCGUUUGUGGAAACUAUCUAAUGACGCUCUCUGCUCAGACCUUCUUGGUGCGCGCUUUUUGCUUCGUUCUCGCCUAUUUCUCGAGCUGAUUUGGCUUUGUUUGGGUCGCGUAUCCAUGGCGCGAACUACGACUGCUUCUUUCGUCUUUUCUCUGCGGUAGAGAUGAUUAGGUUUUUCUGUUAAGUUCUUGCGUCGAUCAUCUCUCCAUUUGGUCCGCUAGUCUUGAAACUGUGUGUUUGGCGGAGUCUUGUUAUUUUCCUUUCCCGUUACGGUGGGUUCUCUGGUUCGUUAGGGUUUCUAGAUAGCUUUUUCUGCACUGUUCUGGCUCGAUCUCUGCUUCGUUUCAGUUGGCAACUUGUUUCUUGUGCCGCUGGUGUUAAUUUGCGGUUCUGCUUCCAUUUUUGUUGGAUACUUGUUUGGAUGGAGAGUGAAUCCUCGCCUGUUGUCUCUCUAGUCUCUACUUCUACUUUCUGAUGGUUUGUGAGUUAUAAUUCGUGGAGUUCGUGAGGUUUUUGUGUUUCUUUUGUUUAAGGGCUGAAGUAGAGAGGAUGCGAUGGCUUAGAUUCGGUGGGGAUUUUGAAGUAAGAAGCACGGAAAUAGGCAGUCUCAAUAUGGAAGAGUCUUGCAAGGACAAUGGUUUUUUCAGAAACGAUAAUGGAAAUGCAGCAGGAGGAGCGACUGCUAUGAAGAAAGGAUGGUCUCUAUUGUUUCCGAUCAAGGUGAAUAAGCCUGAUAACGAGAAUCAAGCACAUCCUCCUAUGUCAAGGUCUGCAGAGUCGCCAAGUGCAGUCAGUUGCUCAGUCUGCAUGAGCAAAAGUUUCUGUAGAAUUGUUAGAUCACGGACGAGUCAAAUGAAUGAUAUGAUAAGCAGAGGAAAGCCAGAGAAAGUACAACCCAUAUUCGACAGUCUGAUUCAGGGAGGCCACAGACCAUCUCUAGUAACAUACACAACUCUCUUGACUUCCUUGACUCUGCAGAAGCGCUUCGACUCCAUAGCCUCUAUCGUCUCUCAGGUAGAGGGGAAUGCCUUGAAACCGGAUUCAGUAUUCUACAAUGCCCUGAUCAAUGCAUUUGCUGAAUCCGGGAACAUGGAGGAAGCCAUGAAAACUUUCUGGAAGAUGAAAGAGGAUGGGAUGAAACCUGAAACCAGCACUUACAACACCCUGGUUAAAGGCUAUGGCAUUGCCGGUAGACCGGAAGAAUCUACUAAGCUGGUGGAACUUAUGGCCAAGGAAGGAAACCAGAAACCGAAUCUCAGGACUUAUAAUGUUCUUGUUAGAGCAUGGUGUAACAAGAACAUCGAUCAGGCAUGGAAUAUAGUGAAUAAGAUGGUGGGUUCGGGGACUCGACCUGAUGCAGUUACUUAUAAUACAAUUGCAUCAGCUUAUGUGCAGCAAGGAGAGCCAAAGAAGGCUGAAGGUGUGAUUCCAGAGAUGCAGAAGCACGGUUUACAGCCUAAUGACAGAACUUGUGGUAUUAUCAUUAGUGGGUAUGUGAAAGAAGGAAGAGCAAGCGAAGCUCUGAGGUUUGUCUACGGAAUGAAGGAAUUUGACGUGUGCCCUAACCUUGUUGUUUUUAACUCGCUGAUCAAAGUCUUUCUUGACAAGAUGGAUAGAGCAGGGGUUGAUGAGGUCCUAGAGUUGAUGAAAAAAUUCAACGUGAAACCUGAUGUCAUUACAUUCAGUACUAUGAUGAACGCAUGGAGCACAGCAGGGUACAUGGACAAGUGCAGGGAAAUUUUUGAUGACAUGGUGAAUGCAGGAAUUCAAGCCGAUGCACAUGCAUACAGCAUUCUUGCCAAAGGCUAUGCUCGUGCAAAUAAGCCAGAGAAAGCGGAAGAGGUCUUUAAAUCCAUGAUCGAAUCAGGAAUCCCCCCGAAUGUCGUGAACUUCACAACUGUCAUCAGCGGAUGGUGCAGUGUUGGCAGAAUGGAUUCUGCAAUGAGGGUUUACAACCAGAUGUGUGAAUACGGUAUCUCUCCCAAUCUGAAGACAUUUGAGACCUUAAUCUGGGGAUACGGUGAAGCCAAACAGCCAUGGAAGGCAGAAGAGGUCCUCCAAAUCAUGAGAGAGUCUGGGGUGGAGCCUGAGAAGUCAACCCACUUGCUUGUCUCGGAAGCAUGGGCUGCCAGUGGACUAACAAAGAAAUCUGCUGCAGCAGAAGCAGAAGAAGAAAGCCUAGAGGAACUGUAUCAGAAGCAAAUCGCAACAGGUUCGUCUGGGUCGCUUAAGAAAGGCGGUAGGAUCGUGCUGAGAGACCCGACUGCUGAUUCUCCUCCUUCGACGGAAUGCUCGUGGCUAGGUACUAAACAGGUGAAUCUUUCUUACAGUUGUAAAUUCGGGUCGAGGUCGUCGAGGGUUGUGUGUCCGAAGCAGUGCCAGGUGCUGCGCUGCGGUGGUGUAUAUGGUCAGCUUGCACAGUCCUGUACAGUGGGAUUCCUGAACUGAAAAGAUGGUACAUGGAGAUCAAACAAAAGAAGAAAAAAAAGCACGCAUUUUUACUUGUAUCUGCAUUUUGGCAAAGGGGGGCAGGCAGAGGGGAACUUUGUGGUGUAGAUAGUUGAAAAAGGCCUUUCCCUAUCUGUGACCCUACUGAUUGUUGCGAAAUCCAGUUCUUCUUUCGCAUCUGUUGAUGAAAAUUUGCCGAAUCCGAAUUUGGAUGAAGUGAAAUCCGUACGCGGUUAAAUCGGGACUCUCUCUUUUGAUUGUUAAUACGAUUAUACGAGAUAUAAGAACUACUAUCGCUGAUGGUACUAUACCCUCAAUCGUGUUCAUACGAAAACUCAGUGAAAUAUCAAUUACUUUGUUGAACUUGUUAAAGCUCUGUGAAUUGCUUGAUUUCUCAAAUUUCUAAACUGCUCUUUGUCUCUUGUAUUCUUCCAUAUUUUCUUUGUUGUUUGUUCAUAGGUUAUUUGAUGAAUGGUUGCUUGCUUGUCAAAUUUCGUUGGUAUAAUAUUAAAGAACAGAUUAGACAAUAACAAUCAGAGUGGCGCAGCGGAAGCGUGGUGGGCCCAUAACCCACAGGUCCCUGGAUCGAAACCAGGCUCUGAUAAGUUUGUUUUAUGAACUGCUUUCCUGGCUUGAUAUUAAGCCACCUUGAGUUUAUUGGUGCUGUUUUGUCAAUCCAAUCCAUAAUAUCACACCGAGAAUUUUUCACAUUUUAAUCUGACUGUAACAAUGUUCUUGUAGUGGAUUCGUGUUAAUUCAUACAAACAGAAUCAUGGCUCCAAUUUCACAUCAAUCUGCAAACUUGUUCAGAAACACACCAAGCUUAAUUGGUAGCUCUGUGCUUUCACUUUUUCCUUGAUUUCCCAGUCACAGACGAUACUUCCCAGAUUACCUACUCGCAAGCUCCCUGGUAAGGCUGCUGAAGAUUGAGUCCAUUACCUGUUUGCAAUAACACAAAAAAUGGCCAUGAAAAUUUCACUGAUCAGUACUUUCAGAAAGCUUUUUGAAGGAAUAACAAGAUCCCACUUCUUCCAUGGCUGAAAAGAAUCAAACUUUUGGCUGUUGCUAGCUUAACUUCUCUAAUCUCUACUACAAAUUGACCAAAUAUCAGCACCUCGUGGAUCUUUUUUCCAGUACCAACUCAACUGCACUUGAUAACAACAAGGAAGAGAUGAAUAAAAAGCUCAUCGUGAAGAUUGGCUUUUGGAUCGAAUAGGGCCAUCGAUCAGAAAAAGGAGAAUUAACUUUACCUUGACAGGCACACUAAUGGCAAGCAAUCCAAAUAACAGCACCAGAGGCUACAACCGAGCAUUCCUGGGUAGGAACUCACCGGGUGUUGGAAUUUUAUGUUUUGAGAAACAGAUAGGAUUCGUGUGGUUGACUAAACAAAUUUGUCAUUUUUCUCGAUUAAUGUGGUAUGCAUGAUUCAGACCGUAUCGAACUAGAUUACACAGAUGUAAUCUGGUCUGAACAGUGUAAUAUUUAGUCUGGUUUCUGAUCUAUACUCCAACUUCUCGAUCUAGACUAUAAACCGUCUAUAUAUAAUUUGGUAGGGGUGGGCAUUCGGUCGGUUCGAUUUCGACCGAACCGAAGUUAUGAAUACCGGGUCCCCGAAUUCUCCCAAACAUCAAACUGAAUUCGAACCGAAUUAUAAUUCAGUUCGGUUCGGUUUUGCACACAAAACCGAAUUUGAGAGGCUACUUGUACCUUAUCACUUUUAAAUUAUUUUUCACCCCUAAUAUAAAUAAUAAAUAUGCAAUUAUAUGCAUCAUCAAUGAUAAAAUCAAAGUUUUCAA